UUCAUUCUGUGCAUCGCUUAGAGUGAUAAUAUUUGAUGUUAAUCACUGAAAUGUUCUUUUGACAGCAAGAAACGUCACAUUGAUAGUUUAAAAUAUUAUUUUUUGAUGUAAAUAUUAAAUUUUCGAUGAAAUGGGCGCAAAAAAAUCUAAACAAAAAGUAGUUACACUCACGUUCUCAAAAACGCGACUCCAAGAAAUGCAAGAUGCGUUUAAUCUUUUCGACGAAAACCGAGAUGGACAUAUAUCUGUGAAAGAAUUGCAAACAAUUAUGAGAAAACUUAACCAACCAAUGCAACAAUCGGAUCUUUUGGAAAUGAUCUCUGAAGUCGAUAUAGAUAAUGACGGUGUAAUAGACUUUGGUGAAUUCUUAAUAAUGAUGAAAAGGAUUGACAUGGUUGCAAAUAGAGAAGAAGAGAUUCGUCAAAUGUAUGAAGUAUUCGAUAUCAGAAAAACAGGUCGAGUAACUGCCGAAGAUCUCAAAAUUGUUAUGAAUAGAAUUGGAGAGAAAACAACAGACAGCGAUAUUGCUGAAAUGAUGGAAGAAGCUGAUAUAAAUAAAGAUGGUUUCAUUACUUUUUCAGAAUUUCGUUCUCUGUGUGAUAGAUUACAACUUGUCUAAAAAAUAUUACUGUUUCUUGAAAAUUAAUAAACCGAUAUUUCUUUAGUAUAA